GCACGGUGUGGUCGGUCUGUCGGUCGUAAACUCAAUUGUGUGCGCACCAUCAUCCUCAGUCCCAGCGGCGGCAGCAGCAUCACCUCUCUCCUCCCUCCCUCCAUCCACACAUACACACACACUCACACACACAAAACUCUCCUCUCCUCGCCCAUCAUCUCCAGCCUCCGUAAUGACCUUCAGACUAUUUAGCUGAAUGGUGUCUGCUCGUGUUUUUCCGCUGUGGCUGCGCUCACUGCUGCUGCUGUGGAGAGGAAACGGAUACCUGUGCUGCAUUGGCAUCACCGCAGAGUGUUGUGGGUGACAACGCGUCUACGCGUUUGGGUGUAUUGUGCUUGUGACAGCGGCCAUGGCGAAAACAGUCACAUCAUCCAAUGCGAUACCAGGUGAAAAGAUGGCACCACCGUCCAUCACUCUACUUCCUGACAAGAGAUCCCCAACAAACAGUCACAGCUCUCCAGCCCGGACUGGAAGAACAACUCCAUCUAACACAGAGAAGAAGGUACACAUAAAUGGACACGCGUCCCCUUCACACCUUGCAGCUAAUGCCAGUAACAAUAAUGCAGGUAAACAAAUUGUGGAAGGUUACAUGAAGACGGACGACAGGAUGCGAUUAGCCAAAGAGAGACGAGAGGAGAGGGAGAGAAGCCUGGCGGCCAGGGAGCAGCUGAUCAGGGAGAAGGAGCGCAGGGCUCGGCUGCAGUACGAGCGCACGGUGGAGGAACGCUGGAGGCGGCUGGAGGAGCAGAGGCAGAAAGAGGAGCUCCGCAGAGCCGCAGUUGAGGAGAAGAGGAGGCAGCAGCUCGAGGAGGAGAGGGAGCGGUUGGAGGCCCUAAUGAAACGCUCUCUUGAACGAAGCCUUCAGCUGGAGCAGAGGAACAAACGCUGGAGCAGGGGCUGCACUUCGGGAGCAGGUGACAGUGAGAAUGCCCCACUCCCUUUCUCUGCUGCCUCCGCCUUUUCCCAUGGCAUUGCCUCCCCCCUACCUGCUGUCAGCGAAUCUGCGCCCUGCAGUCCUCACAGGUCACCCUUCUGUGGCUCGCUGAACCCCGCAGAUCACAGCAGAGCUGGACUUCAGGGAGGCUCUCAGUCCACUCCCAACACCCCCAAGAAAGAGCGCCUGCGCAGAGAGAGAAGAACUGCAUCACCAGGUUGUGGAUCACCUGUGAGAAGAUCCGAAUCUCCUGCUGGUGUCACCAAGCACUUGGCUUCCCCUACUACCUCCAAGCUUGCAUCUAAGAUGCGUGCCCAUUCUCCCAGCAAUGCACAUCAGCACCAUAACUCCCCUACAAGACAUCGUCCAAACACGUCAAGUGAUGAACGGAAAGCAGAUGACAAGAAGGAAAUACACAGUGAACAAUCCAAAGCUGAGGCCGCUGUGAAAAAGAACAGCGACAUUAACAGCACGAACCCGCUCUCACAAGCUGAGAAGAAUGUGGUCAACAUUGAAAUCACUAAAACAUCAUCUAAGGGUGAACUUUCUGAUAAACGCCUCAAAGGCGACACAACUGAAAAAACUCAGUCCCCUGACAGAAAGGAGCACUCAUCUCCCAAAGUGAAUGUCUCAGAGAAGAAGACGCAGAGUAACGUCCAGGAUGGAGACAAGAAAAAAGAAUCAGCACCAUGCACAUCCGCGGGGAAGGUAGCAGCUGGCACAACAAAUGAAGAGGAGGCUACCAGGUUGCUGGCAGAGCGUAGGCGUCAGGCUCGUGCUCAGAAAGAACUGGAAGAUAAGAAACGGGAACAAGAGGAAGAAGAAAGACUAAAGGCAGAGCAGCUAAGGAAGCAACUCGCACAGGAGCAGAAACAGCAAGAGAUGAGGGCUCAACAAGCAAAGGAAAAGGUGGAGAAUAAGGAAGAUCCUCAAAGGCUGACACAAAAAGAAGACAAACAAAAGAAGGAGGAGCAGGAGAAGGAGCUACAGACCCAGAUGGACAAAGAGAAAGAAAAAGCCAAAGUCCAGGCUCAAGAGGAUGCAGAGCGUCAACGGCAAGACAGAGAACUGCUGACGCAACAAGAGGAGGAGGAAAGGCAACUAAGAAAAAAGAGAAUUGAGGAGAUCAUGAAGAGAACAAGGAAAGGUGAAGCUGACUUGAAGAAGGACGAACAGGUGGAGACAAAGUCCGUCUCACCGCCAGGGGAUGUAAAGACUAUUCAAGCUAAUGCUCAGGUGACGGAGCAAGCGUCCAAAAAUGUUGAGUUACAGGUUAAAGAGCAGGUCACAGUCCAGGUCAACACGAAGGAAUGUGCCAUGGUAAAGACAGAAGCAGCAGCAGCGACAGCAGCACAGACGGACAAUCAGAAGAGUGUGCAAGUUAAAAACAACACUCCUCAAGUGACACCAACUCGCAGUGUUUCUGACAAGAGACAGGACACCAAACAAAGCAGCGAGGAGCACGGCAGCCAACUUAACAAAGAGGGCAAAGCCUGCAUUCUUAAGCAACAGGGGAAAGACGUGGAAGCGAAUGUUAACAAGCAGCAAAUAGCAAAUGUUAAAGCCGCAGACCAAAUGAAUAAAGAGCCAACUAAGCAGAAAGCAGAUGCCAAAGCCAGCCAGAAGGAGGGUGGUAUGAUGAAUGGAGCGGUGAAGGGUAAAGGAAGUGCCUUGAUGAGUAGCCAUCUAACUGCUGAGGGCAGCAAACAGCAGAGCCUGCACGUGUCAACAGCUGAGGGAAAGGCUAACGGAGGGUCACAGAUGGAGGUCAUUAGACCCUCAGUAACACCCCUGCCGGUGGGACACCUGCCACCGCCGAUCAUCAAGCUGGAGCCACUGGAUGUGAAGAGGACAGGGUCGUGUGAUGAGGUGCAGUCCAUGGAGGUCAGCCCAGCUUCAAAGGAAGAACUGAUCUCAAUCCCAGAGUUCUCACCAGUCAAUGAAAUCCAGAACAGCGGCAUGAGCAACACCAGUGCUCUUGAGGAUCUGAUGGACCUGACAGGCAGCGUCACCUACCCGAAACUGUCCUCUGAGAGCAACAUAGGCGACUGCAACAAGAACCUCAUUGAGGGUGUCGUCAGUCCCAUGUCAGACUCGAAGCUCACUGGGAUGUCGCCUUCAUCCGCAAAUAAACUUAGCAUCCAGUAGUCCAUUAAUCUCUCUCUUUCUCCUCUUCUCUCUUUCUCUUGCUUGCCUACUCUCUCUAUCUCUCUCGCUCUUCCAUACCCCCUCUCCCUCCCCACACACACAUACAUUAAACGGGGUGUCACAUUUUGAGUAUGGGCCCCUGUGUUGCCACAUUUAUGGGAAAAGAGCCAUAGAGAUUGACUUUAAAAAAUGACUUGCAAUAUAAACAAAACAUCUCCUAUAUUCUAACCACAUAGCAACUGACCAUUGAAAUAGUCUGUCAAAGAUUUAGUGUGAGUUUGCGAGUGAGCACAAGUGAGAGUCAAGGAGCGAGGGUGUGUCCGGAUAUGUGAAAUAAUUACAGAGAAAAAGACAAAUAUCAGGGUUUCAAUUAUAGACAUUUAGAAAACCUGUUGCUAAUGCACAGUAGCUUGGUAAGAAUCUUUCAUUUUCCCUGCACAGAUCCCUCAAUGGCUCCCGGUUCAGUCCCAUUACUGGAGUAAUAAAGCCUGUUAAGAGCAUCGAAGACCGCAUUUGUACCUCUGCCUCUCCACAAGCCCUCUUAAGCCUUUCAGUCUAAUUCAGUGUGUGUUGCUGGGAAAGGCAUGGCCAUUCCAUUUUCACGACAGCCCAAUUUUUAUACCCCAGAAAUGGUCUUUCCAGGUAAUGUUAUUCAUGCAUGUACUCAUGACUGGUCUGGUCUGAUCAGGUCUGAUCAGGUUCUUCUCUUGGCAAUGAGAUGAUUCCCUUUAUUCCUUUUUAUCCUUAACUGGGACUUUCUAACUGCACGUGAGUGAGAAGGAUGAGCUAUCAAUUUGAAUGUUAUCGCACAUUAAAAAAAUAAAUAAAUCAUGGCAUCAACACAAAUUAUGGUACAUUACUACAUGUUUGUGGCAGACUAGAGAGAAUCACUAACUUGGACUUUUGUGUCCUUUCACUUGCAAGGACGUCUUUUAGCAAUGAUUCUACUGAUUAAAUGGAGUUCUAGUGAUGAAGAUACCAACAGUUGAGCACGUUUUUUGUAGGUGUACCUUGCUAUAUGAAGGGUUUCCAAGGCACAGAACUAAUGGAUGCAUUAUCUAUCAGACAUGCAGGAACAUACAUACUGUAGAUUCCAAUCAAUAGAUAUCUGGCUAUUGAUUUGUAAGACUGAAUGCACUGGGGCAGGGAUGUUUCCUUAACAAUCAACUUGUAAGUGUGCCCUGUAGCUAUACAGAUGCUGUUUGCUGUUAAAGUUUUUCUCCAUCCAUCAUGUUGUACUCCUAUGGUCCUGUAUAAGAAUUGUCUCCUUUAACUUCUUGAGCAAUGUCUAAAUGUAAUUUCAGUAGAGAUGCCUUAUGAGGGAAUGAUUAGUUACUUUAUUCUGUGCUGAAACAUUUGGCUGUGUAUGUAUGUAUGUUUAUUCUUUCUGUUUGGCCACUGGGAUUGUUGUAUGUGACCUGUAAUACUUGAACCUUGGUUUUCAAACGCAUCAUUUCCACCAUGCUGCAAACAAUUAUGCCAACAGCUUAUACAUAUUGUCUUGUCACUUUGUAAAGUGACAUUUAGACUUGUGUUUCUCAGACAAUGCACAGCCUGAUAAGGCUCUCUGAAUUGUUACAAGUGAAGUAGCCAUAUAGCAACUUACAGUAUUUGAACGUUAGGAUUUGCUGUAUAUUUUGCAAAUUCAAACAACUGUUCCACAUUGACUACAAGUGUUUUUUUCUUUUUCUUUUCUUUUUUGCAAAGGGGACUUAUCUUAAGGAAAAGCAAAUGAGUACAAAGAAAUGAACAUGUACAAUCACUUCAGGAAAGAAUUCAAGUCUGCUCAUACCCAUGUUUCAAAACAGUGUCUCACAGCCAGCUUAACUCUUUAGGUUAUGUAAUUUCUGUAGACAUUGUGCAUGGUUAGCAUGGUCAUAAUAAUGUUAUCCGAAACAAUAAAAUGUAAAACUGGUGA